GUCCCAAAAUUGCACCACCGCCUUCCUGCAUUCUCCGCCUCGGUGUUUGUCUGUUCUCUUCCUCUCUCACGCACCGCUGGUUGGUGGAAGGGGGCGGCGGUGGCAACAACGGCACGGCGAGGUCACACCCGGAAGGAAGGGGAAAGGUUGGGGACGAUGGAUACAGCCAGAGGGGAAGUGUCGGAGCGUCUGUGAGCGGUGCCGCAAACACCCGGUUCAGAGGAGGAUGUCAUUUAUUUUUCGUGAAGCUGUCUACUUUCUAAAGGGGCUCUUCUGAAUAACCAGCACUGGAUUUUACACCCGGGUCUUUUAACAGAUCUUACGACCAACCAUGAAGUCUGAAAUACUUUGGAUGUUUUUAUGCAGUGUUGUACAUUGCACUGCUGAUUCAAGCUGCUAGGAACAAUUGAUUUUGUUUUUGUUUUUUUCGCAUUUUAAGAGCCAACACCUCUGAAGUAUUGAUAUUUUUUCUCUUUGUAUUUUUGACUACAUACAGUCACCCUUUUGAUUUUGGAUCAUUGUAGCUAUUAAUGGAAUGCAGUCAUGUCCACCCAGGACGAAAGGCAGAUCAAUACUGAAUAUGCCGUCUCCUUACUGGAACAGCUGAAACUGUUCUAUGAACAGCAGCUACUAACAGACAUAGUGUUAAUUGUUGAGGGCACUGAAUUUCCAUGUCACAAAAUGGUUCUCGCUACAUGCAGCUCCUAUUUCAGGGCAAUGUUUAUGAGUGGACUGAGUGAAAGUAAGCAAACACACGUACAUCUGAGAAAUGUGGAUGCAGCUUCUCUGCAGAUUAUUAUAACAUAUGCAUACACGGGUAAUUUGGCAAUAAAUGAGAGCACUGUAGAGCAGCUCUACGAGACCGCUUGCUUCUUACAGGUGGAUGAUGUGCUGCAACUCUGCAGAGAAUAUUUAAUCAAAAAAGUCAAUGCCAAAAACUGUGUUCGGCUGAUGAGCUUUGCGGACCUGUUCAGCUGCGAAGAGUUGAAGCAGAGCGCCAAAAGAAUGGUAGAGCACAAGUUCACUAGUGUGUACCGCCAGGAUGCGUUUAUGCAGCUAUCGAGUGAACUUUUGAUAGAUCUUGUAAGCAGUGACAAUCUGAAUGUGGAAAAAGAAGAGACUGUCAGAGAGGCCGCAAUGUCAUGGCUGGAUUACAACACCGUGUCCCGCUCCCAAUACUUGUCGACCGUGCUAAGCCACCUACGUAUCGAUGCUCUGUCAGAAGUUAUUCAGCGGGAAUGGUUCCAAGGAUUGCCACCCAAUGACAAGUCUGUAGUAGUUCAAGGACUUUACAAAUCAAUGCCCAGAUUCUUUAAACCAAGACUUGGCAUGACAAAAGAGGAGAUGAUCAUAAUCGUCGAAGCUGCUUUGGAAAACCCUGGUUGUUACUCCACAAUCUGUUACAGUCCUCAGGCAGAGAAGGUUUACAAGCUUUGCAACCCACCCUCUGAGCUACUUAAAGUGGGGGCUGUCGUGUCUCCUGACAAUGACAUUUAUAUUGCUGGAGGGCAAGUGCCCUUAAAGAACGCCAUAAGCAAUCACAACAAGCCGGGCAAACUUCAGGCCACUUUCAGGACUGUGAAUAGUUUUUACUGGUUUGAUGCCCAGCAAAAUACUUGGAUUCCAAAGACCCCCAUGUUGUGCGUUCGCGUAAAGCCUUCUUUGGUGUGGUGUGAUGGAUACAUCUAUGCAAUAGGAGGAGAUGGUGUUGGUGGAGAACUCAAUCGAAGGACCGUGGAAAGAUAUGACUGUGAGAAGGAUGAGUGGACAUUGGUGAGCCCUCUUCCAAGUGCAUUUCAGUGGAGCGUUGCUGUUGUAGUCCACAAUUGCGUUUAUGUAAUGGCAUUUAAUCUUACAUAUUGCUUCAUUCCACGGUCUGGUAUCUGGGUAGAAAUGGCAAAGAGGCAAACUAGUAGAUGUUUUGCAUCUGCUGCAGCCUUUGAUGGCAAAAUCUUCUACCUCGGAGGCUUGCAAACAGACAAUUCUGGUGUAAGGCUACCAUCUGGCACUUUGGAUGGCUCUUCUGUUGCAGUGGAAGUAUAUGAUGUGCAUAAGAAUGAAUGGUACAUGGCAGCCAAUAUUCCCGCCAAACGAUUUGCUGAUCCGUGUGUUCGAGCAGUGGUCAUCUCAAAUUCCUUGUGUGUUUUUAUCAGGGAGACGCACAUGAAUGAAAAAGCAAAAUAUGCCAUUUAUCAAUACGACAUGGACCUUGACCAGUGGUUUCUGCGGCAGCAGAUAUCUGAGCGUGUGCUUUGGGAUUUGGGCAAAGAGUUUCGAUGCACUGUAGGAAAGCUCUACCCGUCAUGUCUAGAAGUAUCUCCAUGGAAGCCUCUAACGCAUGUUUUUUCUCAAGAUGGUGCAGAUGACUUUGAACUUGAUGGAAACAUGGUUACCUUACCCCCAGUAUAGCUAUCUACAAGCAGGAGACUGCGCGUAUGCAUGGCUGUGUUUCUGCAAUGAGAAGUCUUUAGGACUACAUAAAGUGGGCUUGGAGAAAUAUGUUUGCGUUGCUUACUAUUCAGACCUUAUUUUUAUGCCCUAAGUAACAUUUGUAAUCUUUAAUGCAUUUAUAUAGGGAGAUAUGCUUCCAUUAUGAAAUAUUUGACCAGCUUAUGGGAAACGAAAACUUUAUAUAUUCCAGCCUUGGCGUUCGUUGACGAAGAGCAUUUAAAUUGUAUCCCUGUGACAUUUUUCUUCCUCUUCCCCUUCCUUUACUGCGAAAAGAUGCAAGGUUUUUUUUUUUUUUAGAUCCACCUACUAUUAAUGGAAUUGCAAGUAUAUAUGCUUUCUGAGAAAAAUCUUCAAUUAUCCAUACUCCUUUUUAGUUAGCUAUCCAGUUUGUGUGCUGGACUAUACAAACAUAUGUGCAUUGUCACCCGAUCUACUAUGUAUCUCUCCAGGGAUAAGUGUGCUUACUUUAAGACCUCUCUCUUUCUUGAAAAACCUCAAGAUCGCCUCCUCAGUUGACUUACUACUGUAGGUAAAUGGCUUUUCCUUUCCAUGAUAUUUACUCCAAGAGGCAUAACUGUAGUGGCGCAAUCUCAUCUCCAGAAAGAACAUAUCUCAAGCUUUUUUUCUCUCUCAGUGCUAUGUAACAAACGUAAAGCGUGUGACGCAAACUAACAAACCUAGAGCAAGCUUGACUUGGAAGUAGUCGGUGAAAUAUGCAGAAAACCUGCAAACCUUUUAUUUUUUACAAAGUGAUUUAUCACCAAAGUCCCACUUUAACACGUUAAAAAAAAAAAAAUU